AUGGAGGGGGCCUGCCCCACCGGUGUCACCACCCUGGGCUACCAGCCGGCCUGCCCCACGCGGGAGGCCUGUGUCUACAGCAGCUGCGAGGAAAAUAUUUGGAAGCUCUGUGAAUACAUCAAAACCCAUACACAAUGUCCUUUAGAAGAGUGCUAUGGUGUCUUCAUAUCAAAUGAGAAGAAGAUGAUUCCUCUCUGGAAACAGCAAGCAAGACCUGGGGAUGGACCUGUGAUCUGGGAUUACCACGUUGUUUUGCUUCACACACCAAGUGGAAGACAGAGCUUCAUUUAUGAUCUCGACACUGCUUUGCCAUUUCCCUGCCCAUUUCAUACUUAUGUAGAAGAUGCUCUUAAGUCUGAUGAUGACAUUCACCCACAGUUUAGGAGGACAUUUAGAGUGAUGCGUGCAGAUUCUUACCUGAAGAACGUUGCUUCUGACCGCUCUCACAUGAAAGACUCCAGCGGGAACUGGAGGGAGCCUCCUCCACCCUAUCCCUGCAUUGAAACUGAAGACUCCAAAAUGAACCUGGACGAUUUCAUCAGUAUGGCUCCUGAUAUGGGAUGGGGAGCUGUCUAUACACUAUCAGAAUUUGUACAUCGGUUUAGCAGUAGAAACUGCUAA